UCAAAUCACUAUAACAACUUUCAAGAACCUGAAGCUAGGCAUCUUCUUAAUUUGAAGUAGAAUUCUAGUGCUAAAAAUUAUAGUUGCUAACCAUGGCCUUCUUUCAUGGCUUCGUCAUCGUGUGGUUGUCUCUAACUGCCAUACCAUUUGGGUGUCUUGGUAGCUAUGAUUAUGAAAAAAUAUCAUCAGUUCAAAAACAAAAAGCCCUCUUUGUGUUUGGUGAUUCCUUCUUUGAUCCUGGGAAUAACAACUAUAUCAAUACUACUACUCAAUUCCAAGCUAAUUGGUGGCCUUAUGGUGAAUCCUUUUUCAACCCUCCUAGUGGCAGAUUUUCUGAUGGUCGUCUUAUUCCUGAUUUUAUCGCUGAAUUUGCUGAGCUGCCACUCAUUCCAUCGUAUUUUGCGAUUUGCAAAGACCAAUUUGUUCAUGGAGUAAAUUUCGCAUCAGGAGGAGCUGGAUGUUUAACUGAAUCUUAUCGUGGCUUUGUUAUUGACCUUAAAACACAAUUAAAAUAUUUUAAGAAGGUGGUGAAAGAUUUGAAGAAGAAGUUUGGAGAAAAAAAGUCUGAACGACUCCUCUCCAAUGCUGUAUACAUGUUUAGUGCGGGAACUAAUGAUUACAGUAACUUUAACGCGACAUAUCCAAAGGAAGAAUAUGCAAAGAUGGUAAUUGGCAAUUUGACAUAUGUUCUGAAGGGAAUAUACAAAGAAGGAGGGAGAAAAUUUGCCUUCCUAAACUUGGCUCCUUUGGGCUGUGCACCAAGUUCUAGGGCUCUUAAUUUCCAACAAGGAAAUAAAAGUGGUAACUGCAUAGAAGAAAUGAACACCCUUGCAAAAAUACACAACUCAGCUUUGCCUAAAAUGCUAAAGCAUCUAGAGCAGCAGUUACCUGGAUUUAAGUAUUCCUUGUUUGAUUUCUUCAAAGUUGCUACUGAAAGAAUUGACAAUCCUUCAAAAUAUGGCUUUAAAACAUCUAAAAUAGCUUGUUGUGGGACGGGUCCAUUCAGAGGAAUCAAUAGUUGUGGAGGCAAGAGACAAGUAAAAGAGUAUGAAUUGUGCAACAAUGUCAAGGAUUACAUAUUUUUUGACUCUGGUCAUCUCACUGAAGUGGCAUAUCAACAAGUUGCUGAAUUAAUGUGGAAUGGAACUAUGGAUGUUACUGAGCCUUACAACUUAAACUCAUUUUUCAAUUUACCAGCAUAGCUUAUGAUUGGUGGCAUUAUUGUGCAAAUAACAAUUCUGAUAAUAAGGUUUUACACAUUUGAUGACUUCGAAUCUCAUGAAUCUGUUGUGCUUCAGAUAUAGAAUCUGUCAUUGUGUGAAAAUGAAAUUGGAGAAUGGUUUGAAUGCAAAUAAUUCCCUUUGAUUA